AAAUUUCGUUUUUGAAUUUUGUGACGUUCGUAUUUCUGAUUUUAAAAUUAAUUCUAACGAAUCUAAUCCACAACACUGACAUCAGAAUAUAGUUAAGACCUAGCUGACAAUUAGAACAUAGUUUAGCGAACGAGGUAAUGAUUGCUUUGACUUUUGACUCUUUAGUCUUAACGGCUACACAGCCGUGAUAAUUCGUUGCGUGAACGAAGCCAAGACAAAAAGAUGUUUAAGAAGCCACAGAAGAAAGCGUUUCGCCGAAAGCAGAAAGAAGCAGACUCGGAUGAGGAAUCCACGGACAGGCUUAACCUAGAGAAACCAGCGGUCAAGGAGGAGCCUGAAGAAGACGUUCAGAUUGUCUCCGCGCCAUCCGACGCAGUGGGCUCCGCUGUUGCGGCCUCAACGACGCUCAUCUCCAAAUUAAGUUUUGAAUACGACUCAGGCGAUACGGAAGAGUUCCGCAUUAAGAAAUCAAAUCGCAGUCGCCGCAUUGCCAAACAACUGAAAGAAGAAAUCCAGGCUGGUCCCAGCGACAAGACAGUCAAGCACGAGCGGGCCAGUGGAGACAACGAACUACAGAGCCAGCGAUAUGAAAAAAGUACAGUGAAAAGAGAAAGCCCAGAAAUCUUCGUGGAAGCAGAAGACGAAGAAGGUAUUCCAUUUUAUCAACACACAGUGAUUCCUGGAUUUCAUGGUGAUCGUGCUGCCACCCAGAAGCUCAUCGCGGAUGCCAAGAAGCGCCGCGAAGAAGCUCGAAAAGCCCGUGAACAAGAAAAUGAAUAUAUAGCUCUUGAUGACACCGAGCGGUUUGUAGAUAGUAAGUCUCGUUUGAUUAGGGAGGAUGAGAACGACUUCAGCGAUGAGGAUGCGGAAGUCGUCAUGUCGUCCACUUCGGCCGAUCUCACGGGCGCCCGAGGGAAAGAAGCCGAGAUUCGACGGAGAAACCGGGAGAUGUUCGAACGGGAUGAAUUAAUCGGAGAAGUUUUGGAAGACAGUGAUGAAGAAACGCAGCGCUGGGAAGAAGCACAACUGCGCAAGGGCGUCACGCUGCCACAGAUUCAAGCCUUUACUGAAGAUAUCAAGAAGCCGGUAGCCGAGGAAGAGGAAUAUGGCUAUUACGAUCCGAAUGCAUACGUGGCCUGGAGCGAACCGCAGCAGAAUCCUGGAGUAAAUGCAGUGGAGGAAAUAAGGAAGAAGAUAAAAAAUCGAAUGGAGAGUGCCAAAGAUCUGCAACGAAGACACCAGCAGCAGAUGGACAAGCUUUCCGUCGAUCUGAAGGAUUGCACGGACGCAAUAAACAGCUUGGAUAACGAGCUGGCUACUGUAUCUUUUGAGUACAAGUUUUACCAGGAAAUGCGCGGUUUCGUGUGGGAUGUUAUUGACUGUUACAAUGAUAAGUUGCCAAAAAUCAUUACCAUUGAAGAAAAAGCAAUGGGCGCCUGGAAGCGCGGUGCCUCAGCGUCACGCGACCUGCGACAACAAUAUGUGCGAGAUUUGAGUGAUGAGAUCCAUGGCAAACACAGUAUUGAUAUUUUGCCAAAUGUGAAGGAAAUUAACGAUCGACGGGGUCGGUUGGCGGACUAUCGGGAGCGGAAGCGAAAAUUAGCCUUAUCAGCCGGUGUGAAAGAGGAUGAUAUGGACUUAGACGAGUACGAACCGCGGAGCAAUCAUUUUCCUCCAUCAGUUGUGCAAAUAUUGGCUGAGAAGGAAGGCAUUUUUGAAGACACCGUGGACGAUUUCCGUUCGUUACCGAAGUUACUCUCUCGCUUUGGUAAAUGGCGCACGAGCUGUGGAAAUUCGUACAACGAUGCAUACAUUGCCCAUUGCUUCCCGAAACUAGCUGCGCCCCUUGUUCGCUUUAAUCUUUUGGAAUGGAACCCUCUUAAAGAGUCUCUAACACCUUUGACGGAGAUGAAAUGGGUCCAAGAUAUCCUGCUCCAUGCUUUUGUCCCGACUGACAAUGGAAGCGUGCAACCGCAAGAUGCCGAUAUUCGCAUUAUCCCCAUGCUCAUUGAAGACGUCGUUUUCAGCCGUUUAUUAGCUUGGCUGGACGUGUGGGAUCCGUUGUCAAGAAUGCAGUCUGAACGACUGACGACAUUCCUCAGAGAAACCUUAUUGCAUUUCCCACUCGUAGCCGUUAACCGGAAACCUGUACAGGACUUAUUUCGCGGGAUCGUGACACGAUUAACUAAAGCUAUCGAAGAUGAUGUCUUUCUGCCUGUCUAUUCUCAGAGAAUUUUGGAUGCCGAUCCGGAAGCAAGAUAUUUUGUGAGCAGUCAGUUCGAUUUCGGCUUGAAAUUAUUUUCCUGUAUCUGCCUAUUCCAUGGUAUUCUGUCGAAUGCGGUGCUAGUGGAAUUAUGUAUUGAGAAGCUAUUAAACCGCAACCUGUUGGUGCCUUUGCGCACAUCACACAAUCGAUCGGAAAAUGUUAAACGCUGCAAAUCUAUUUUUGAACGGAUACCUGAAAACGGUCUGGCAGACUUUCCCAGUACGACGGUGCCCAAGCAUUUUGAGAUGUUUUGCCAUGUUAUGGUGAAUUUGGGUAAACAAAAUGAUAAUAGGGCAGAUGUGCGUACCCUAUCAGAAAUUUUGCAAAAGCUGAAGGAUUUUAAAGGCGCCGAAACUCUUGAGCGACAAUUAGCGGAAAAUGGCUGACACCGACUAUAGCGAAUUCCGAAAGAUGUUCAGUUCAAUACGCUUAUUUUCGUUCAGACUGCACAGUUGCUUAUUAUAAAGAUUUUAUAUACCUCAUCGCAUUUUAUGGUGUAUGUCGCUUUAUGGCGAAAAAAGGCAUGCCUUCUUAUUUGAGAAAUAAUACUUGCAGGCAUUGCAUCAGAGAAGAGCC